AUUCCAUGUUUGUAAACACCAACUACAGAUUCAAAAAUAUAUCCUAACCUCUCAAAACCGUUUGACACAUUUAUAAACAAUAUAUUUGUUAAUAAAUAUAACUAUUCAACAAUGGAGAAAAUAUUAGCACAUCGAGCUAAAUUUUCCGCUGCAUUUUCUGGAAAACAGGAUACAAUAAAAAAAUUUCAUACCUUAACUAGAGAAUCAAAUGAAGUUAAUCUGAAAAACAGUGAAAUAAUUGCGAAUCAAAAUAAAAUUAUACAAGAUUUAAAAAAGACAGUUUCGUAUGAAAAAGAUAAAUCAGCUGUUGAGCAGCAAAAAGUAGUAUGUUUUGCGAAUGAGCUUGAAAAUCAACUUGAUGUCAUGGAAGAGCUAAUUGACGAACUGGAGACUUUAAGAUUAGAAAAUAACAAGUAUGAAGUAAAAAUAAAAACACUAAAACGUAUAAAACCUAAUCCUAAAGAUGAACAACUUUUAAAACUCGAAAGGAUCAGGUUGAAGUAUUAUAAAAAUUUAACGGGCGUUGUAUGGAAUGAACAAGUUAUUGACGAUAGAACUAGUGGAUUUAUCACGGAUUGGCAAGAGUAUAUUCAGUCGUUUUCUCUGGGCAAAAACGAAAAAAAAAUUGAAGCUAAACUUUGGACUGAAAUUUUGAAGUGUUCUAAAAAUUCCAAAUCUCCAAACCAUAAUUAAUAACAUUAGAUAAUAAAAUAUU